UGUCAGCCUCCGUACAGGCCUGAUGUUUCUGAUUUGUUUGCGGCUCUCAGCUUAAACUUCCUCCUCCUGGUCUGAAACAUGUCGAUAAAGUCCUGCUUUCUUCUGUGUCUGUGGUCGGUGAUCCUGGUCCUGGUCUGCAGGGCUGCCGUGUGUCCGUGUGAGAGACCGGAGCUCUGUCAACAGAUCUGGGAGGAGAGAGACUUUGAGGUGUUUGUGUUUGACGUGGGUGGAAAGACAUGGAAGUCUUACAACUGGAGCAUGGUGACGACUGUGGCGACGUUUGGAAAAUAUGAUGCUGAUCUCAUGUGUUACGCUCACUCCAAAGGAGCACGGGUUGUACUUAAAGGUGACGUUCACCUGCCCUACAUUGUGGACCAAGAUAACAGGACGGCGUGGAUAACAGAGAAGGUCAACUUGGCAAAGAGUCAGUUUAUGGAUGGGAUCAACAUUGACAUCGAGCAAGCAGUGAACAAGAGCUCGCCAGUGUACUACGCUCUGACAGACCUGGUCAAAGAGACCACUGAGGCCUUCCACAGGGAGAUCCCAGGCUCACAGGUCUCCUUUGACGUUGCCUGGUCACCAAAUGAUAUCGACCACCGCUGCUAUGAUUACGUCGCCAUCGCUGAAUCCUGCGACCUGCUGUUUGUGAUGUCCUAUGAUGAACAGAGCCAGAUCAUGGGGGACUGCAUUGCAAUGGCAAAUGCCCCACUCUCUCAAACACUGGAAGGUUAUGACCAGUUUUUGAGUCUGAAGAUCGAUCCAAAGAAGCUAGUGAUGGGAGUCCCGUGGUACGGCUAUGACUACCAAUGCCUCAACUUCACCCAGGAGGGAGUAUGCUUUCUAACCAAAGUACCUUUUCGUGGAGCCCCCUGCAGCGAUGCAGCUGGAAAACAGAAAACAUACAAGUGGAUGAUGAAGCAGAUCAACAGCUCAAUGUCCGGCAGGCUCUGGGAUGACAAGCAGAAAGCUCCUUACUUCAAUUACAAGGACCAGACAGGACAGAUUCAUCAGGUUUGGUACGAUGACCCACAGAGUAUCUGUCCCAAGGCGGAGGCGGUGAAAUCUAAAGGUUUGAGGGGCAUUGGCAUGUGGAAUGGUAACAUCUUGGACUACAGCGAUGAACCAGUCGCCAAGCAGCAGACCGCAAUGAUGUGGAAUGUACUCUUAGGAUGCUAGCUGGGAUACACUUGAGACUGCUGCAGAAAUGUACACCAACCCUCCUGUUUGUUCCUAAGUCCAUAUAUCCCUUUGUAGCAGUAAUGGGGUGUGGCUUCCCUCUGUUUGGGGAUGCAUACUUGCACUUCAGAGUUUAUUGUGGCUUGUACUACUGUUGUCGUUGAAUGUAUAGUUUCGUCUCUGACAUUCCUCUGUGCAAACUGAAAAAAGACAACCAAUCUUUAUAAUGUGACACAAACUGUAUUUUUGAUUGACCAAAAUUGAGCUUACUGAGAUCUUUGCACUUUUACGCUUUACAUAAAUAAAAAAUGUUCUGAUGAAUCUGUAAA